AUGUCGCGCUUGGUUCGUUACUGCCGUGGCCUCCCGCGAUUCCCAAACCCUCCUCCAGUGAAACCCCAACUUCUAGCUCUCAAUCUUUCAACCACCUCUUCCACUGCGGAGAAUGUAACUCCGGCUGAUCGACUGGCGGGGCCGCCUCCAAUUCGAGUUGAUCUCACAGAGUCAGCCGGCCGAGGCGUGUUCGCCAGUCGGAGGAUCGGCGCCGGAGAGCUCAUCCACACGGCCAAGCCUGUCCUGUGUCACCCCUCCCUCUCUUCUAUUAGUGCUGCCUGCUAUUUUUGUUUAAAAAAGGUCAUUUCUGAAGGCCAAUCCCCUACGUUCUGUAGUCGGAAGUGCGAGGACAGCGCGAAGGUGUUUUAUGAUGUCGAGAAGAAAGCUGAUUGGUCGGAGUUUGAUGCUUAUUGCCGGUCCCAAGGUCUGAAGUAUCCACAGAUGGUGAAGCGGUUAGCUUGUCAGGUUAUAUCAGGAGCUGCAUCUGCUGAACUUCUUGACAUACUUCAACCUGCUUCCGUUUCGGCAGAGAUGGCCUUGAUGAUGGAGGAGGGAUAUGGUUCAUUGAGGAGGGCCCUUUCUGCAGCAAACAUUCCAGAUGGAAAGACCACAUUUCUAUCCAGAGAGUGGUAUUAUGGGGUGCUGGCACGUAUUCGCAUCAAUGCAUUCCGCAUCGAGUUAGCUCUUAGUUCAUAUGAAGAUCUUCUCUCAUCUGCUGCUGCGUGUGUAGAAGCUGAAGCUGCUGUGGGGAAUGCUGUUUAUAUGCUUCCCUCCUUCUACAACCAUGACUGUGAUCCAAAUGCACACAUUGUAUGGAUAGAGAACGCAGAUGCGAAAUUGAAGGCCCUUCGUGAUAUCGAGGCAGAUGAAGAGUUAAGAAUCUGCUACAUAGAUGCGAGUUUGGAUCAUGAUGCUCGGCAGACUGUGUUGCUCCAAGGUUUCGGUUUUAAGUGCAAUUGCCCUCGAUGUCUGUCCGGGGAUUAA